AUGGAAAAGAAAUAUGACGAAGAACCAGAGGUCGAAGAAUUGGAAGAAUAUGCCCCUGGCGGCUUCCACCCGACUGUCAUAGGCGACAGCUUUCAACAUGGGCGCUACACCAUAGUCCACAAGCUCGGCUUCGGCGGCUACUCGACCAUCUGGCUGGCGCGCGACGAGCUGCUCAACCGCCUUGUAUCCCUCAAAAUUCUGACGGCUCGCUCGUCAGUCGACAGAAACGAAGCCACCAUUAUCCGCACCUUGCAGCAGACACCGACGUUGGCCCAUAUCGGGCGGCGAUUUAUCCCAGUGUUGCUCGAUCAGUUCGGCUUCGACGGGCCAAAUGGCCACCACCUCUGUCUGGUCAGUGAGCCUGCCGGCUGCAAUGUCGCACAGUCCAAAGAAGAAAGCGCAAACUACAUGUUUCCAGCCGAGGCUGCUCGGUCUAUUGCCGCUCAGUGCCUCAUGGGACUGGCCUAUUUGCACUCCAACGGCGUAUGUCACGGAGAUCUCCAUAUGCGUAACAUUCUAUUGCGCGACUCCGAGCUCAGCACAUGCAAUAUGAGCUCCACCGACCUGUAUGAGCGCUUUGGUGAGCCUCGCAGCGUUACAGUCCGACGCCGAGACGGAGGCCCAGUCCAGCCCAACGCGCCACCGCAUGCCAUUUUCCCAAUGAACCACAACAUUCCAGGACACCGGUUGCAAGGCCCCGAGAUCCUCAUAUCCGACUAUGGAACCUCCUUCCUCGUCAAGCAGACACCAUCGCCAACCUUGUAUACCCCAGCCCUCUACUGCCCCCCCGAGGCCUUAUUCGGCGACCCCAUUCUUCUGCCCAUGGCUGCCGAUAUUUGGACAUUGGGGCUUGUCCUGUACGAAGUGCUCGGGGAACGACCACUCUUCGAGACUUUUGGGUGGGAUCGUGACGACAUCAUUGGCGAAAUGCCGAUGGUCAAUCCUGCGUUUCAGGCCAUCGUUGCUUCGCUACGCCGACGUUCCGCCCCCUACUUCAACGAUUGUGGGAAAUGGGUCGAGGAGAGACGGCAGAGACAUGCCAAUGGGACGUGGCUGGUGGAGAGCUGCAUGCACUACACGAUCUUCUGCGGGCAAUGCUCACAUUUGAGCCUUCAAAGAGGCCAGAAGCAGAUGACCUAA